UUCCGCAUUUUUCGUCCAAUCGCUUUAGGCUUCUCAACCGGAAGUUUUGAACGAAUCGUACGCGGGAAAUUCCUGAAGUCUUCAGCUGGACAACAGAGAAGGUCGGUGUCGGGUACAGAAAUGAAGGUGGUAACGUGUGAGAUUGCGUGGCACAACAAGGAGCCCGUCUACAGUCUGGACUUCCAGCACAGCUGUGAUGGACGAAUUCACCGUCUGGCCACAGCUGGAGUAGAUACCACAGUCAGGCUGUGGCGAGUAGACAUGGGUCCAGAUGGGAAGGCAGUGGUGGAGUUUCUGUCUAAUCUGGCUCGACAUACCAAGGCUGUCAAUGUCGUGCGCUUUAGCCCCAAUGGAGAGCUGCUCGCCUCAGGAGGAGAUGAUGCAGCCAUUCUGCUGUGGAAGCUCAAUGACAGUAAGGAGCCCGAGCAGACCCCCGUGUUCCAGGAAGAUGAAGAUGCUCAGCUCAACAAGGAGAGCUGGUCUGUGGUCAAGACACUAAGGGGACACAUAGAGGACGUUUAUGACAUCAGCUGGACCCGGGAUGGAAACUUCAUGGUGUCUGGUUCUGUAGACAACACUGCUAUUAUGUGGGACAUUAACAAAGGACAGAAACUGUCUAUCUUGAAUGACCAUAAAAGCUACGUGCAGGGGGUGACCUGGGAUCCUCUGGGGCAGUAUGUUGCCACUCUCAGCUGUGACAGGGUGAUGCGCGUGUACAGCACUCACACCAAGAAGAAGGCCUGCUGUAUAAGUAAAAUGAGCUCCGGGACACCUGCAGAGGGAGAGGUCAAGCAGUACAGAAUGUUCCACGAUGACAGUAUGAGGUCGUUCUUUCGACGCCUUUCGUUCACACCAGAUGGGUCUUUUCUGCUUGCUCCAGCUGGAUGUGUGGAGGUUGGAGAAAACAUCAUGAACACCACCUACAUCUUUUCUAGGAAGGGCCUCAAGAGGCCUAUCGCCCAUUUGCCUUGUCCAACUAAAGCUACACUCGCUGUGCGCUGUUGCCCCGUCUACUUCGAACUGAGGACCAAGAAGUUGGAAGAUGGUUCUAUCCAGGCUCUUCCCAGUGUAUUCCAGUUGCCGUACCGUAUGGUGUUCGCAGUGGCAUCUGAGGACUCUAUCUUCUUGUACGACACGCAGCAGACCCUUCCUUUUGGCCUGGUGUCCAACAUCCACUACCACACACUCAGUGAUCUCACAUGGUCUCGUGAUGGUUCCUUCCUGGCUGUGUCCUCCACCGACGGCUACUGCUCCUUCCUGUCCUUCUCUCCUGGGGAGCUGGGCACUCCGCUGAAAGAGCCUCCCACGUUGGAGGUGUUUGUCCCAAACAGCGGUGUUGAGAAAAAGGGCAAGAAGACGUCAGCAGCCAGGACCUCCUCUCCUGUGUCCCAGCCAUCAAGCUCAGCCCCAACUCCCACAACCCAAACCAACCCGGGCAAAGAUACCCCCUCCGCGCCCCUCUCCUCUAUCACCCCCCCAGAGGAGAAGAAGAGCACCCCCAGCGCCAAGUCUAAACCUCAGCCGCGCAGGAUCACCCUCAACACCCUGGAGGGCUGGGGGAAGCCCACUACUCCGAAAGCCUCAGCUCCUUCAGCUCCUCAGACACCCACAUCUGGGAGCACAAGCGCACCCUCUACUCCCCAGCCCCAUAACACCCACCUCACCCCCACCAACUCCUCCAAAACCCAGCCACGCAUCGCUCCCCUCACUCCCUCCACCCCUAAAGUCCUCAACAGUGCUAAUACUCCUGGGCCCACAACUCCUAAGGGUACGACAACUCCAAAGGGGCCCACUCCAAGGCGAGUGUCUUUGACUCCUGUUGCAUCCCGUCCUGCCUGCUCGCUCUUCGGCACUCCCUCCUCCACCGAGAAGGCCAAACAUGAACGUCCCUCUCCUCCGUCUGAUCCAGUCUGCCAGCCUCCAGAGUCCAAACGCCCCAAGACCAGCGACCUCCCGGCGAAAGACCGCGUCACCCAGGCUUAGUGUCUAUUGGGAACAGUGUGGUGCUAUGAUGUCAGACUAGAGUACAUACAACAGAGUGACAGUUAAAGAGGCCAAAAUAUUGAGGCUUCCUAUGGAUGUAAUACCACAAUGCAAUGGCUGUGUGUUUGGGAUGAUAUACAACGUGAUUGUACCUCAUAUAGUGUACUGGGUUAUAAAACAAACAGGAUUGUAGUUAAUGUUUUUUAAUUCUCUUAGUCGUGUGUGUUUUUUGCAUGAUAAAGUUAACAGGUAAUGAGGUAAUUGCAUUAUAUUUCAUUUUUGAGACAUUUCAAAGCUGAAGUGCUGUAAAGAGGAAAGUACUGUCUCACUUUUCAUCAAAAACAUGUGAUUUGUGAAAUUCUAACUGUACUCCAAACCUGAAGAAGAAGAAGGAAAAAAAAAAAAGCACUUCAAGGUUUAGUGCUUUGUGUGAGCUUUGAAUAUAUAACUCGAGUCUUAAUUUGCUGAGGACUUUGGACCAGCAGUUUGACUGAAAGACUCAAAGUAGUCAAACAUGUAAGUGUAAUUUUCUCAUUGUGUAAUAAAGGAUGUUUCAUAUAUA